UAAGUACAUUACUUUUAACUGCUCGCCAUCAUUUAUUCGAUUAACGCAACAACGACGUGCUGUGUAUUUAAACUCAUUCCCGGUCCGGUCACCCGUUUUGUUUUCCCGUGUCUUCUGAUCAGGCUGCAUUGGAAUCCUUUCAGACUACAUACAUUACAAAAAGCUACAUUCAUUACAUUACAACGAUGGAGAAUGAUAACGAGCAAACAGCACUUCCGUACCACCCCUCGCACGAGUCCCAUCUGCUCCGCGUGCAGAACGACGGCUUCGAGAUCGAUCCCGACGAGAAGUACCUGCCCGAAGAAUUCCCGAAGGUCAUCGAGUCGCCGCUCGUCUGGAAGGGCGAGGAGGUGGCGGCCACGCCCGAACGGUGGAUCCUCCAGCUGAGCAAGGACGAUGUGGAUGAGAUCAAAGGAGCGAUGGAAGUGUUUCUAGACACGGGUGCACUGUUUAAGGAAAUCUCGCCCGCGACGUUCUCGCUGAGUCCCGAGUUACGGGAGCGCCUUGCGAAGCUCCGAGACUCGCUGUACGACGGAUUGGGAUUCGGCCUGAUUAAAGGCCUCAAUUCUCGCGACUACACCAUGAAGGAGAACAUCGUCAUCCACGCGGGUCUGACCAGCUACUUCGGUAGCAAGCGGGGGUACAUGGGGGCUCAGGGGAACGACGUUCUGGCGCACAUUCGGAACAUCCAGCAGCACUUCCCGGGGCAAGAUAUCGUGUCCCCAUCAUUCACGAACGCGGCAAUGACAUUCCACACCGACCUCGGCGACAUCGUCUCCAUCUUCACCGCGAGCAAGGGCACCUCCGGCGGCGCGUUCCGCAUCGCCAGCGCCUGGAAUGUCUACAACGUGUUACGCGCGACCCCCUACACCCCGACAAUCCCCUCGUACCAAAAACCGCUGCUGCACUUCCACGCGGGACGGGUGCUACUGCAAUCCUUCCGGCGGCCAUUCACGGGCUUCGGCGGCACCGCGCGAAACUGGGCGCUGGACACACUGCACUUCGCCGCGCUAAACAGCUCCCUCACCAUCAACUUCGCAGACGGCGACCUCUGCGUCUUCAACAACCUCGCGCUGCUGCAUGCUAGGGACCAGCACGAGUCGCCGUCCACGUCCCACUCCGAGUCCCACCCCGAGUCCGCGCCCGCGCCCGCGUCUGUGUCUGUGUCCGCGCCCGAGUCCACGUUCGCGACCACGUCCGCGUCCGAGUCCGGGGAAGCGAGUGCGCGCCACCUACUGAAGAUGUUUGUCCGCGACGACGACGCGGAAAGGGCGUGGAGUAUCCCACCCGUGGUACAGGAUCAGUGGGAUGAGCUGUACGGAAGUAGAACGGACCCGCGGACCGAGGACUUUCCGUUCGAUUAUCCGCGCGGCGGGACGGUGCCGAAUUAUGGGUGGAGUCAGAAUGGUUGAAUCGGGGAUGACGGGGGGUGAACGGAGGGCGGGGUGUGAAUGGGGGUGGGACGGACGGGGUGAGGCGACGGGGGCUAAUGACGGG